UCACUUGGCAUUCACUUUGUGUGUGUCAUUUACACAUUUCUUUUUACAGUGACAACACAAAUGAUACUUGAAAGCAUAAUUUUGUUGGGAUGUUAUUGUCGUAGAUGUUCAUGUCCAAUUCUAGUGCUAGAAAAUUUAUAAUUCGAUCAAAUUUUGUAUACAGGACCAUCUGACAUAGAUAAUAUAUACUUUAUUUAGCUUUGUCCGUUAAAAAUAGAUAUUCAUGUGUUUAAGAGAAACAGUGUUCAUACUCUAGUAAAUGUAUUAAUGCUUUAGUACUCAAAGUCAUACUCUGCUGAAAAAUGUCACGAGUACUCAUGGGUACUCACAUAUUUUUUUACUCAUUGAGUACUCAUGAUGAGUAACGAGUAUUGUGGGUACGGCUUUGAGUACUUACGCUUGGGUAUUGUUAAGUGCUCAUAUAACUUUUAGCAAAAUACUCAUAAGUAUUGUUCAUCUGUUUUUUUCACAUAGAAGAGUGGAUCUCAGGCAGAGGGGUAUAUUAAACCAGAAUAUAGAUAGAUAGACACAAUAAAAAAUAUCCAUGUUUACAAAUGAAUUUAAUAUUCAAGAAUUAUCUUUAACUUUUUGUACGCCUCGAAAUAACAUCAUUCUUAGAUCUAAAAUAACUUCUAUUCGAUAUAAAAAAUCUGGAAUAGUCUCUAAUACUUAAAGGAUAUUUUGAGUAUUUGGUAUUAGAUGAAAAACAUAGAUGACUGAAAAUGUUAAUUAUAGACAUGUGUUUUAAUUUGUAGUUCGUGAAUUACGUUAUUCAACGAUUGAUUUUCAAGUUAUUAUUAAAUCGAACUACAAGCCUGCAAUUAUGGGUGAAAAAAUUGAGAUUCGUAUUCCAACACCUAAAAAUACAUGUCGAGUUCAAUUAGUUUGCUUGAAAGGUAAAGCAAAGCAUAAAUCAUCUGAUAAUGCCAUUAUAUGGAAACUGAAACAUAUGAUGGGUAUGAAAGAGUAUCAACUUGAUGCUUCGAUCGAACUGACAUCCGCGUCCACAUCAUUAUCGUCUAUAACUGAUAGAACUUAUACAACAAAAUGGACCCGUCAACCGAUAUCAAUGUCUUUUCAAGUCCCAUUUACGGCAAGUGGUUUCAAAGUGGGUUAUUUAAAGAUAUUUGAACAUAAGCUAAAUUAU